CUGGCCGUACAUUGCUCUGCUAGAACACUCAGUCAAUUCUCUGUAUCAUUGCUUAUUUAAGGUCUCUAUCGAGUAGGCGAUUGACUUCUUUAUUUUUUGGCUUCAACGAAGCCCUGGUACUAUCACCCUAUCAUCGAGUAUUAGUUCCUCGUGACGUAAUCAAAGAAUUUAACUCGGUAUGUUUAUAACACAUUUUUCCAUAGAUUAUUUAAACAGAGAAGCAAUUUACUGUCUAUCUAUCAUUGCAGGUAAAUAUAUUCCAACGCCACGAAAGAAAAAACUUUCAAGGGUAGAAAUACUUGAAAAAAAGCGAAAAGCGGAAAGUUUAAGAUAUGAACGUUUAAAGAAUGAUCCUCAAAAACGGGAAGAAAUGCGGGAAAAAGAGCGCUUAAAAUACAUAAUUAAAAAAGAAAAGGGCAUCAGAAAACUAGUGAAAGAUAUGAAUCCUCGCGAACACAAAUCUGUAAAAAAGGCAUGGAGGGAGUAUUCUGCUAGGAAUCGGGCUAAGAAGAAAUCGAUGUAUAACAAAACUUAAUAUAAAAAAUAAGAGGCUUAAAAAGAUUCCUUGGUUUGUACAUGGGUAUGAUGUGGUCCUGUUAUAAUGGAUAUUUUAUUGAACUGUUUAAAAAACAUUUUUUAACUAUUUAUCUAAAAUCAAACAUCGGGCUUUUAUUUGAAACGAUGACUUUUGAGUCUUCGUCUUUUGAAUCUACUUUGGUAGAUGAUAUUUACACGGACUCAGAGAUGAAAAUAAAUCUGGUACUGUAAUAGAAAAUGUUAGAGAUUCAAGUUUAUGUAAAUGGAAGCAAUUUUUUAAUAAUAAUGCCCAAUAUAAUGUAAAAUAAUUCAGUCGUGAUUUACAUCUUUAAUUUGUGAUUUCAUUUAAUAUUUUUACAUCUCGUUUUGAUGACUGAUUUAUUGAAAUAAAUGCUUAAACAAAUAAUAUAAAUGACGUUAACAUGUUGAUUUUAAAUAGUUUAUGGUAAAAUUAAGCUAUAAUUGAGCUUAAUUAUAUCAAGGAGAUAUUUAUUUUAACAGAUACAUGUUUUUAUAAUUUAAUAACUAGUGUUUCAAUUUAAUAAAAAUGCAGAUUCCGGGACAUCCAUUAGUUUCUACACCCAGAUUCUUUAAAAAUUGACUAUAAAUCGUAAAACAGUGGAGAAAUAUGUAUACCUAUAUUUAAUAAUUUUUAGUAAAAAAAUGGAAUGCACGAAAUCGUUUUGAGAAAAACAUUCAAAUAUUAAUUAUUUCGAUUUCAAGUCCGUUUUUAAGUUAUUACUUAACACGUUUAUACUUAAGAGGCAAUUAAUUAGAAAACGGCAAUUUAAACAAUAUAUAUAAUUUAUAUCACGACCAAAGCCGCGGGUAGGUUUAACAAAAA